AGUAGUAAACUUUCGUACCAACGGAGCUAUCGGCAGCGGCUGCAGCAAUAACCUGAACGGUUCUGAACGAGGAAAAGAGAUCGCAGCGUAAUGCAUUUGUGGCGUCACGGCGGUUACGUUUCCGGGAAAUAAUACCCAUGUGAAAAACUAUUAAAUCAUCAUGCCACUGUCUUGUCGAUUCUACAAACAGAAAUAUCCCGAAGUUGAAGAUGUGGUUAUGGUAAAUGUACGGAGUAUAGCAGAAAUGGGAGCAUAUGUUCAUUUAUUAGAAUAUAACAAUAUAGAAGGCAUGAUUCUUCUCUCCGAACUCUCGCGUCGACGAAUUCGGUCAAUAAAUAAACUUAUUAGAGUGGGGAAAACGGAACCAGUGGUUGUAAUUAGAGUGGAUAAAGAAAAAGGUUACAUUGAUUUAAGCAAACGCAGAGUGUCUGUAGAGGAUGUUGAGAAAUGUACAGAGAGAUUUGCCAAGGCAAAGGCUGUUAACUCUAUCCUUCGCCAUGUGGCUGAACUUUUAAAUUAUGAGUCAGAUGAUCAGCUUGAAGAACUUUAUCAAAAAACUGCAUGGCAUUUUGAGGAGAAGUACAAGAAGAAGGCAUCUGCUUAUGAUUUUUUUAAGCAGGCUGUUUUGGACCCUUCAAUUCUUGCAGAAUGUGGUUUGGAUGAGGAAACAAAGGAAGUUUUGUUGAACAACAUUAAACGCAAGCUGACUUCACAGGCUGUAAAAAUACGAGCAGAUAUUGAAGUAGCAUGUUAUGGAUAUGAGGGCAUUGAUGCUGUGAAAACUGCUCUUAGAGCAGGCUUGGCGUGCUCAACUGAAGAACUACCAAUCAAGAUCAACCUCAUAGCUCCACCACUUUAUGUUAUGACCACUUCCACACCUGAGAAACAAGAUGGCUUGAAAGCACUGACCCAAGCUAUUAACAAGAUUGAAGAUAUCAUUACUUCUAUGGGAGGAGUUUUUGCCAUUCAGAUGGCUCCUAAAGUUGUGACAGCAACUGAUGAGGCAGAACUUGCAAGACAGAUGGAGAAGGCUGAACAAGAAAAUGCAGAAGUAGCAGGCGAUGACGAUGAGGAAGAAAUUGAAGGCCAGGUGUUCAGUGCAGGAGAAGAGGGUGAAAAUGGUGAUGAGGGUGGGGCUGGUUCUGGGGAAGAAGAUUGAAGAGAUGAAGGCUACACUUGCAGUGAGAAUUCUGCUAACAUUUCAUUCAAAUACUGCUUCAUAUUUAUCAUCAUUGCAGAACAGUGACUUGAAUCUGUAUGGAAUUGUUGCAGAGAAAAAGGAAUUAGCAUUAAAUUGUACAGAACCCUUACACAUUUAUUCUCAGUUUUAUGGUAGGAUAUGACACACCAAGCAAUUGCAUAAAGCUGAUGAGGUGUGCAUUCAAAGGGCUGAUGAACUGAAGCAGCAUUCUCUCUAUUAUAGGCCACAUACAUCUCAUGCAGAAUGAUGAUUUUAGCUGGAUGAGCUAAAUAAUAAUAUUCAUGGAGCAUGUUUCUUAUAUGUGUAUUACAAGAUAUAGUAAACUCUUAAUCUGGCAUGCAAGGGGAAUGGGGUGUGAUGGUUACAUGAGUAUGUCAUUGUGAAACUCAGUGUUGCUUUUCACUUAAUUCUUGCUUGGGACUCUUCCUCUGCAACAUAAUAGAUUGGUGAAAGAUGUCUAAUAAAUAUACUUCAACACCAUCACAGAUUCACCUCUACUCUAAUGGCAUCUCUGUGAGGGAAGAUAACAGGUAGUGCCACCAGUGGCAGCUGGGAAAUCUACCACAUGGCUGGUGAACACAUGUGCAUCACAAAUUUGUUUUUGGAUAGCUUUCUAAAAUUAGUAACUUUCCUUUGAAAUUUGUUGUUGGUUGGAUGAGAAUUCCAGAUGCUUGAACUUCAGAAUUCCAAGAAUUUACUAUAUAUUCUGGUCCAUCCAAUUGUAUAAUGUAAUUAAAAAAUUUGAAAGAUAUUCUUGGCAUUGCCGUUCAUGUCAUUCAUUUCUGUGAGUAUAACAUAUUGGAGGAUUUCUUUCAGUUUCAACAUUUAAAUAAACAGUUUUUGUAAAUAA